AGGCGGCCCUGGCAGCCGUGUGCCGGGGGCCCCGAGCAGCGUGACGGCUCCGCGGGUCUCUCCCGCUGCCUUCCAGCGCUGGCCGCGUUUAUCCUGCUGAGGCCUGUUUCGGCCGUGUAAUUACGGGAACGUGGUUCAUCAUGGGCGGGUUGGAGGGUUUUCUGGCAGUAGGAGGCUUUUGCUAAAGUUUCCCCAUGCCAUCUGGAGCAGAAGCUGUCAGAUGCCUGGUGAGGUGGAGGUUGGGGGGAACUAUGUCGGUAUGGGAGUGCUUCCCCUUUUGCAAGGGACUUAUGUGGGUGGGAUUUGGAUGUUGAAGUGAAGCCUGUAAGCAAGGAAAGUAGAGCAAUGUAAGAAGAUGGUCUUCUCUCUGUAGGUGGGUGAUGCCAAGCACAGCCAUGAAGAAAAAGGUGCUGCUGAUGGGUAAAAGUGGGUCUGGGAAGACCAGCAUGAGGUCCAUUAUCUUUGCAAACUACAUCGCCAGGGACACACGGCGCCUGGGUGCCACAAUUGAUGUGGAGCACUCCCAUGUUAGAUUUCUAGGAAACCUGGUAUUAAACCUCUGGGACUGCGGAGGACAGGACACUUUUAUGGAGAACUACUUCACCAGUCAGCGGGACAACAUCUUCCGCAAUGUGGAAGUCCUCAUCUAUGUCUUUGAUGUAGAGAGCCGUGAACUGGAGAAGGACAUGCACUACUACCAGUCAUGCUUGGAGGCAAUUCUUCAGAACUCUCCAGAUGCAAAGAUCUUUUGUCUAGUGCACAAGAUGGACUUGGUGCAGGAGGAUCAGCGGGAUUUGAUUUUUAAAGAGCGUGAGGAGGACUUGAAGCGCCUUUCCCGGCCCUUGGAAUGUGUUUGUUUUAGAACUUCCAUCUGGGAUGAAACACUUUACAAGGCUUGGUCCAGUAUAGUCUAUCAGCUGAUCCCCAAUGUCCAGCAGCUGGAAAUGAACCUGAGGAACUUUGCUCAGAUCAUCGAGGCAGAUGAAGUGCUUCUGUUUGAAAGAGCCACUUUCCUGGUCAUUUCUCACUAUCAGUGCAAAGAACAGCGGGAUGUCCACAGAUUUGAGAAAAUCAGCAACAUUAUUAAACAGUUCAAGCUAAGUUGCAGUAAGCUGGCAGCUUCUUUCCAGAGCAUGGAGGUCAGGAACUCUAACUUUGCUGCUUUCAUUGACAUCUUUACAUCAAAUACAUAUGUGAUGGUGGUUAUGUCAGACCCUUCGAUACCUUCUGCAGCUACGCUGAUCAACAUCCGCAAUGCCAGAAAACACUUUGAGAAGCUGGAGAGAGUGGAUGGUCCAAAGCACAGCCUGCUCAUGCGCUGAACAAUGGCCAAGGCACAUGGUCUUUGGGGGGAGAAAAAAUGAAUUGGAACUACUUAUUUUUAGGAGAAUCUAACAAUGUUGAUGUCUUUGGGCUUUGAAAUGAGUGUGCUGCUUUAUUUUUUCUCCUUUUAACGUUGGACACUAGUCACUCGGAUGUCUGGAUACACUGCGGACCUUCAAAAGAGACUUCCCUGGCGUAUGUGGGGUUGGGAAGAAGUAAGGACGUGUGACAUGCACGUGGUCUCAUGCUCCUGGUUGUCAUAGUGCCACAUGGCAGAGCUGGUGUGGAUGUUUUGCUCCCAGGUGAUCAUAUAAGUCACAGGAAUGGAAUAUUUACUGUUUUAUUGGUCGGUUGCUAGAAUAUGUUUAUAAAUUUCUCCUUGUCUUCAGUCAUGAAAAUAAAUUUUUGCUACCAGGGAUUUCAGAUCC